GAAAUCCUCAGAGCAUUGUACUUCCUUUCUACUGCCUCAAUAUUACUGGAUUGAAGAAUUGCUGCUUUUUGUUAGGAGGUUCAUUUCAUUUCCCAUUACUCCCAAUUUCAUACUCAAAGGCACUGAGAAUUUCAAGUGGAGUAUAUUGAAGUAGACUCAGUUUCUUUGCAUCAUUUCUGUAUUCAAUUUUUAAAAUUCUUUCAUAACCCUAUUGAGUGUUUUUUAACUAAAUUAACAUGGCUCAAAUGAUCCACGCAGCUCCUGUGGAAGUCACUUACAAGAACAUGAGAUUUCUUAUUACACACAAUCCAACAAAUGUGACCUUAAACAAAUUUAUAGAGGACCUUAAGAAGUAUGGAGUUACCACAAUAGUAAGAGUAUGUGCAGCAAUUUAUGACACGACUCUCGUGGAGAAAGAAGGCAUCCAUGUUCUCGACUGGCCUUUUGAUGAUGGCACACCACCAUCUAACCAGAUUGUUGAUGAUUGGUUAAGUCUUGUGAAAAUUAAGUUCCAUGAAGACCCUGGUUGUUGUAUUGCCGUUCAUUGUGUUGCAAGCCUUGGGAGAGCUCCAGUACUUGUCACCCUCGCAUUAAUUGAAGGUGGAAUGAAAUAUGAAGAUGCAGUACAGUUCAUAAGACAAAAGCGGCUUGGAGCUUUUAACAGCAAGCAACUUUUGUAUUUGGAGUAUCAUCCUAAAAUGUGACUGUGUUUCAAAGACUCCAAUGGUCAUAGAAACAACUGUUGCCUUCAGUAA